GAUACGAUACAAGAUGUUAUUUUUAACUGCUAUCCACUCAUUCCACUCCUUUAAGAAUUGACACAGUAAUAGUAAUUCAGUAUGUCAGCCGGACGUAGACGGUACCCUCUCGCUACUCGUCUCUGUGGCAUACCUAGGACCUCCUACUUAAUUACAUACAUACCAUAAAAUUAGUCAUUUGAAUAUUUGACAUAAUAAUCGUUGGCACUCGAUUUCAAUUACUUAUUUUAUUGUCAUUUAGACCACAAUCAAUUGAAUUGUCAUCAGUCUGACGGUUCACUUUCUAUACCGUCUAUCUACUAAAUUUAAAUUGCAAUGGGAGUGACAAAUUUACAGAUUAUUUUCGACAAUCCUACAGCUGUAUUUAUGCCAGGUCAAUCUGUUACUGGACGAGUUUUGAUAACUACUAGUAGUUCUGUAAAAAUAAGAAGUGUUAAAUUGAAAUUCCGAGGGGAAGCUCAAGUGUCAUGGACAGAACAAGAAUCUCGUAGAAGCGAUAAUGGUGAAACUGAAAACUACUCUGUCAAAUAUGAUGCCGAAGAAGAAUAUUUUGAAAAUAAAAUGACUUUGGUUGGGGGUGGAGGAGAAUCAAAAUUAGAAGAAGGUGAACAGGUUUAUCCAUUUAAUAUUUCUUUACCUCAUCAGUUACCAUCAACAUUUAAUGGUGAGCAUGGACAUGUUCGUUAUUCAGCAAAAGUUAAAGUUGAUAUUCCAUGGGGCAAGGAUAAAGAAACAGAAAAAAUAUUUCAAGUUAUUUCUCCACUAAAUUUAAAUGAUGAACCAUCAUUAGCUGAACCGAAAAAAGAAGAAAAAGAAAAAUUUUAUUGUUGCUGUUGCUGUGAGUCUGGUCCAACGACAUUGGUAGUCUGUAUUCCUUAUAGUGGUUUUGUACCUGGACAAAUUAUACCCCUUACUAUUGAACUAGAUAACAAUAGUAAUGUAACAAUUGAUUCUGUCAAAAUUAAAUUGAAACGAGACUUAACAUUUAAAGCAAGACAUCCAAAUGAAAAAACAAACUUCAGUUCAUCUGAGCUUGCAGUUUUACGUUUACAAGGUAUUGAAGCUCAUGCUUCAAAAACAUGGACAGAGCAAAUGGUGGUUCCUAAUAGCUUGAUGUUUUCUAAUCUAAAGUACUGUGGAAUUAUAACUGAUCAAUAUAUAUUAAAUGUAGAAGCUGUUGCUGGAGGUAUGUAUGAAAACACUGAUAUUAAUGUGAAAAUUGCAAUGGGUAAUAUUCCAUUAACUAUUGCCCAAGAUGCACCUCAAUUUAAUAUUCCAGCUCAAUCGUUUGAUCAAAAUAAUCCUUCAAAUAACCAAUUCAUUACAAAUCCUCCUGCCUAUCCUACAGAUUUACCUCCUCCUGUUCCCGGAUUCGCACAGCAAGUUCCACCAUAUGGCCAACCUCCUUUUAUUCCUUAUCCACAACAACCUAUGAAUACGGCACAAAUUCCUGGUCAGCCAUCGUUGUAUCCUCAAACACAAAUGUAUAACCAAUCUCAGUUACCUUAUCCAGAUGUGAAUAUGCAACAGCCGGCAUUUAAUCCAUCUUAUCCAAAUUUGAAUACUACAGAAGCAAAUCCUUCUGCUCCUUCUCUUUAAUCUUAUACCUUAGAUACUCUGGAUUAAGUUUAUAUCCAGAUCUUUGAGGAUCUGUUGAUGAUUUAACAGGUAUUUGAGUAGUAUAUAUUUAUUUUUAAUUUAAACAUAGGUUUUCUAAAAAUUGUAAAACAUUCAAUAAAACUGGUAAUAAUUUUUUUUCUAGUUAUUCUGUUUUUAAAUCUACCAUCAAAAAAUUAUAAUCAAUUAUAGUUUUACCAUGUUUUAUAUGUUUAUCUAACUAUAUUUUUAUUGUUACAUUUAUUUUUUAUAUUAAAUUUUAAUACAAUUAAUGCUCAACAUUUUAAUUUAACCGAGUACCUAGUAUAUUAUAUUCUGUUCAACAUAAGAGUAUGACCUAGAGUAGAAUGAGUUUUUAUUGGUGAUAUAAGACGUUACUCUACUUAUUUAAUCACCAGUAGUUAACUCAUAGAAUGAUGCCAUGUGCACAAGUUAGUUCUUAUGUUGAAUUGAAAAUAUAUUUGACCAGUAUUAAAUAAUUUUUAAAUUACCAGAAUCAAAAUGCUUCAAACAGAUUGUUCCAACUUAAAAACAUUUUAUAUUGUAUUAAAAAAUAAUUGGUAAAAAAAAAA